AUGCCAGUUAAAGCUAUACCUAAGGUAUCCAUAAGCCGGAACGGUAUUGGAGCAUAUGUUUUGCCUUGCCACAAAAUAUCCGUGCAAUAUUGUAACCAUGGUGGAUCAUCGAGUGGAAUUCGUGAUUUGUUAGCAUCUGGUUCUUUGAAUUCCAUGGCAUCAGCCAAAUCGAAAAUAUUCUUUAAUAUAACAAAGCAAAAGGGACACCCAAAGUUGGUAUUCCAUUAUAAUAACGAUCACAACAACCAAGUUAGUAUUGCCAAUUUACCUGCCAGUGAAAUAGUGAAUAAGAUUAAUGAACACUCACAAUCCAGUGGAAAUAAGUUAUUCAAGUGGAAUCAUAAGGUUUUGUCUAUCAAUGAAUCUGUUAGAGGCAUCUGGUCUCCAUUGCAUACUGCAAAGGAAAAUAGACACAAGAUUUGA